CCUGGCCUGGCAGCCUGCCUACACGCUAGCCUACAUUUCAGACAAUUUCGACUGUCAUCUCAUCACACCAUCCACUUUCAACUUCUCACCUAAGUUGAUUGUAACAAUGCAUGGUGGUGGCCAUCAUCUUGCGCUCAAGCUCAGGAGGCUCACUCUCAGCUAUAUAGAUCGAUCUUAAACAAUAAACAUACAUUCCACACUGCACUACUGCAGCUAACAAGCGCAUCACAAUGGCCAGCUUUGCAAAGCCGCAGCAUCUGCUGCUUGCCGCCACCGUGGCCGUCGUUCUCCUGCUCGUCGCCGCGGCGGACGCCAGCCAGCGCCCGGUGCACCUGCGGUUGUACAUGCACGACAUCAUCGGCGGGCCGGGGCAGACGGCCAUCCACCUCAUCCGGAACGUCGGGCCGCCGCACACGUCGCUGAAGGGCGCCUACUUCGGCGACACGGUGGCCAUCGACGACCUCGUGACCGAGGGACCCGCCGCCGACUCCAGGGCCGUCGGCCGGGCGCUGGGCACCUACAUGCUGUCCUCCCAGCGCGAGCAGGUGCUCGUGGUCGCCGUCACCGUCGUGCUCGCCGACGGGCCCUACAACGGCAGCACCUUCGCCGUGGCCGGCCGCGUCAAGAUCUUCGACGACACGACGGAGCUCGCUGUCGUCAGCGGAACGGGCGGGCUCCGGCGCGCCGCCGGUCACUUGCUGUGGAGGACGGCUGAGGUGGUGUCCGAGGUGUAUAUGGUGCUGGAGCUGGUCGUGCGCAUGUCUGUUCCUGCGACGGCGAGCACUGCUGCUCCUGUCGAUGGGUGAUCACUUGCUAUCGAGUGGCAGAAACGUACGUGUACGUCCAUCUAGACCGCAAUAAUGCAUUAAUGCUACUGCUUCUGUUUGUUUUCUUUUCCCUUCAGCUUCUUUGGUUGUUGAGAAAAGGAAAUGGACCGAUUCCCCGAGCACGUCCCGUAUGGAAGUAUGAUCAUAGUUCAUCAUAUUCUGUACACGUUUAUCUGAAACUAGCCGAAAUUGCCUGCGCA